CCAUUCAAAUAAGGCGUUCCAUUUUCCUCAUCGAAGGGUCGCGAUCACACGCCCUCACUACCAACCAGGCAAAAUUGAAACCGUUCUUUCGUUUCCCUAAUUGGUUGAUUGCUUCGCUUCUCUUCGCAUCGCAAAUUCCCCAAAUUCAGUGUGGAAUCUGAAGAAUAAUGCUCAUAGAGGAAUUGAAGGUGGGGGACGAGAUCAACGGCGGGGAGGAUCAAAUUUAUGCUGACGGAGACGUCGUUUCAGAUGCAAAACGGGCUCUGGUUUUAGUUGGGGCUCGUGCUCUCUUUUACCCUUCACUGCUGUGCAAUGUUGUGAGGAGCAAGAUGCAACCUGAGUUUCACUGGUGGGAUCGGGUCGACCAGUUUAUAUUACUAGGUGCUGUACCCUUUCCUACUGAUGUUCCUCAGUUAAAGGAGCUUGGUGUCUCGGCAGUGGUUACGUUAAAUGAACCAUAUGAGACUUUGGUCCCAACAUCACUCUAUCGGGCUCACUGCAUUGAUCAUUUGGUAAUUCCAACAAGAGACUAUCUUUUUGCUCCAUCAUUUACUGAUAUAAGCCAAGCUGUGGAUUUCAUACGAGGAAAUGCGUCUCUUGGGAAGACAACAUAUGUCCAUUGCAAGGCUGGUCGGGGGCGCAGCACAACUAUUGUUCUUUGUUACCUGAUGGAACACAGGCAUAUGACUCCUGAUGCGGCAUAUGAAUUUGUGAGAUCUAACAGGCCAAGGGUACGUUUGGCCUCCGCCCAGUGGCAGGCUGUCCAAGAUUAUUAUCUUCUCAAGGUGAGGAAAAUGGGAAGCCCCGGCCGCAUGACAUUAAGAAAGAUUCGAUGUCUUCCAUCAAUAUCGGAAACUGCAUCCUUUGAAGAUUCCUCUGUAGUGGUGGUAACAGAAUCAGACCUCGACGGAUACGAUGAAAGCUCUGACUUAGAUGUAGUAGGUAGCAAGAUGAUGAAUGAACUGAACCUGACUUGUAGGCUUCAGUUUGCUAGUCAGGCAGCCAUCUCCAGACUCUCCUGUCUCUGGCUUAGGUGCCAUGAAAGCCCAAACUCAGGAAGCGAAAAGCUUGCGAAUGCCAGUGCAGCUGAGCAGUUGGAGAGUCAUGGCGUUCACAUCCAAGUCUAUUGAAUGACUUAUGUGGGGGGGAUGUUAAUUUAAGGUUUCCAUCCCAAGUGUCUUUACCAAGAUUUUCCUGGAAAUUUACUUUCUUUACAUCAGAGUUGAGAAUGAUAAAAACCCAAUGUGGGUUUGAAGUCAUAGUUGAGUUGUACAGACGACAUGCUACUGUAAGCAAGGAAUUUACAUGGAGUAGAUUCUGUUUGUAAUGGGAGUUCCUUUGUUUCGAAGAAAGACAAUAAUUAAAUCGUUUGAAGGAUGUAAAUUGUAUCUUCCAUCAAAACCUGCAAGAAGACCAAACUGUAAGCUUCAUAUGGUCAUUCUACUCUCUCUUUUUGCCGCAGCAAUUCAUUUGCUCAUUCUUGAA